UGCCACUUCCGCUCGACCAUCGGCUGGUAUCUCUUUAGGCAACUAGUUGUUUUCCAUCAUAAACAUUUUUUUAUCAAUAAUUUGCGAAAAUGCUAUUUGUAAGAAAAAAGUCACGUGUGCGACUGACAUUAUCCUGGCUCUUCGAAAUAGCUCCGAGGCCUUGAGACCCUUGCUAAGCAAGAGAAGGGGAGGGAGACUGGGUUUAUCAUAAUUAUAAUGUUUAUACUUUGAUGUUGGAUGUCGUAAACCCACGUGUUUAGGUAAAAGAUUAAAUGACCAAGAAAUGGUUGCAUACUGUUGUAUCUGCAAAGUUGAACAGAGAUCUUUCCAGGAUUCUGAUACAACGUUUCAUAGGUUUCCGAAAAAUGAAAGUUUAAGAUUAAAAUGGUGCGAAGCUAUAAAGAAGAAUGUUUAUAACACAUACGUAUGCAGCAAACAUUUUAAACCAGAAGAUUAUAAAAACUAUGAGGAUCCUAAUUUAAUAAAGAAAAUAUUAAAACCUUCUGCAGUUCCUAGUAUUAUGUUAAGCAAAGAAUUAGAAUUCAUUGAGAAUGCUUCAUCCAGAAAUCUGCCAACAUCUGCAGACAUUUCAACCAAAAACAGCAGCAAUAAAAGCAAACGUCUCGAACUAGAGAAUCAUGAGAACCAGGAAGAUCUCAAUUUAAAGAAAAUAUUAAAAUACCCUGCACUUCCUAAUAUUAUAUUAAAUGAAAAAUUAGAAUCCAUUGAGAAUGCUUCAUCUAGUAAUCUGCCAACACCCACAGACAUUUCAAAUAAAAACAGCAGCAAUAAAAGCAAACAUUUCGGAUCGGAGGAUUACAAGAACCAUGAAAAUCCUAAUUUAAUAAAGAAAAGAUUAAAACCUUCCACAAUUUCUAAUACCAUAGUAAGCAAGGAAUUGGAAUUUACUGAGAAUGAAUCUAGUAUGCUUCCAUCUAUAGAUAUUUCAACUGAAAACAGUAGCAAUAAAAGAAAAACUGAAGAUUGUAGCUCCUUACAACCAGUAAAGAAACAACGAUAUCAAAAUGCUAUUUUAGGAACUGUAAGAAAAACAGAUUUCAUAAAUGAAAGUGCGUGGUUGAGAUUCCAAAAAUAUGUUACUGGAUUAAAAAAGCAACAUAAACUUUCACUGAAUAAAAGUCGAAGGCUUUAUCUUAAACUAAACAAAUUUAAAAAUCUUUUGAAGAAAUUAAGAAGAAAUAACUUACUAUCUUUUAAGGUUUAUAGAUAUUUAGACAAACGCUUAUACAACUGUUAUACUGAUGAAAUGAAGCAAGAAUACCUUAAAGCUUUAUAGAACAAGGAAAAUAGAGAUGGGAAUAAAACGGAAUACACUUAGAUGUGAACUCUCUCGAAUUAAACAAUUUAGAUUAACUCAAGUGUAAUUACAAUGAAGAAAGGACUUAUGGAAAAAUACAAGGAUAUUUAUUAUACAA